CAGUGUCCGCGCCUCACCUCCGACGCACGUCAACAGCGUCGUCGCCUGCGUCUUCGUGUUCCCUGCUGAGAUAGUUGGAGCUUCAACCUUUGUGUGUUGGCUCUUAGAUCACAGCACUUGAGCAGGAGGUGGGCCAGGUGAAAGAUGUUGCUGGUGGUGGUGCUGGCGGCGGCAGUGGCGGCUACAAACGCCCUGUCGCUGCAGCCAGGGAUUGGAGAACAGAGUCGCCUCAUCUCCACUCCCUUCUACGUUCAGCCCCCGGAGCCCUUACGUGAUCACGUACCCACCUACAAGAAGAUCCUCUACAGCUACAGUAUCUCGCCCUCGGAGUACAACAUACGGCACAAAGGACCAAUUGUUCACUCAGAACCCUCCGCGGCACCUCAGAGAGCGCCCUUCGUCGUCCCGUACGCGGCGGAAGAGACGGGGGCGGCCGAACCUGUAGGCUUCCACCGAGGUCACAUCGAGUCCUCUCCACAUAUCAGGGACUCCAUCGCUUCCCCUUAUAGAGCUCCGUCUGAGGAAGAGGACCUUGAUCACAUCCCACUUCGAGACGCGGUCGAGAGCAUACCCAUCGAGGCCCAGCCAUACGUUGCAGAACACAGUGAGUUCGAGGACAAGAUCCCGUUCUCACGAGGAGAUGUGGAGUCCUAUCCCAGGUUCCAGACUCCUUAUACUGGCGGCAUUGAAGACACGGCGAUGUCUGCGGUGGUGGUGGAGGUGCCUGACUCUGCUUACCCUGAGGACAAGUACGGGUGGGUUGGCAUCAGGUCCUCUGUCGAGUCUCCGCCUCUCUCCAUCCCAAGCCAAGACCCAGAGGAAGCCAGCCCAAUGCCCGCACAGUUAAACAGCAGACCGUUUGGCCAGUGGUCUGAGUCACUACUGGGGCUAGGGAGUCUACCUGACAAUGCUCUGGAGGUGGGCGCAGAUAUUCCUUACCCCUUCAGACAAGCUGACUUGGGUUAUGUCGCCGGAGCUGAGCUAAGAAAUUACAAGGCUGAGAUCAGGGCCCAUAGUGGAGACUACAAGCUGGUGUGUUACUUCGGCGCCUGGUCAGUGUAUAGGCCUGAGCCCUUUGACUUCUCCGUGGCUGAUAUCGAUCCCUUCUCCUGCACCCACGUCAUCUACUCCUUCGCAGGACUUAAGGAAAACGAAAACACCAUUAUGGCCCUUGACGAGAAGUUGGAUAUUGUGAAGGGUGGGUACAAGGCGGCAGUAGGUCUCAAGAGCAAGAACCCGUCGCUGAAAGUGAUGAUUGCUAUCGGUGGGUGGAACGAGGGAGGAAAGAAGUACUCUACGAUGGCCGCAACCAAGAGGAGUCGGGAUGACUUUGUUCAGUCAGUCAUCGCUUUUCUGAAGGACCACCAAUUUGACGGUCUCGACCUGGACUGGGAGUAUCCAGCUGCAUCUGACCGUGGUGGCCGCUACGCUGACAAGAAGAACUUCGCUGACCUUGUGGACGAGCUGUCGAUUGCUUUCAAACCAUAUGGCUGGAUCCUUUCAGCUGCUGUCUCUCCUGCUAGGUUCCGUGUGAACGAAGGCUAUGACGUGAAUCGCAUCGCAAAAAGCCUCGAUUUCAUCAACAUCAUGACCUAUGACCUGAGGGGACCCUGGGAUGGCAAGGCUGACCACCACGCGCCCAUAGCAACCCGACCCGGAGAGUCAUGGUCAUUUAGGAGUCUCAACGUUAAGGAUGGCGUUAGUUACUGGGAAGGGAAGGGGGCACCAAAGGAGAAACUGGUGGUGGGGGUCCCCUUCUAUGGCAGAUCCUUCACUCUCUCUAACAAGAAUGAUGCUAAUCCUGGAUCCAGAGCAAAGAGCGGCGGGAAGGAGGGCCAGUACACGCAGGAGAGAGGCUUCCUGGCCUACCACGAGAUCUGUCAGAUGCAAGAGCAGACCGGUUGGACUUUAAAGCGUGACAGUGUCGGCGGUCCCUACGCAAAAAAGGAUGAUCAGUGGAUCGGUUAUGAUGACCCACAAUACAUCAAGAAGAAGAUGGAGCUGGUCAAGGCGGAGGGACUGGGGGGAGCAAUGGUGUGGGCGAUCGACCUGGACGACUACAAGGGAGUGUGUGGUGGGGAACGAUGGCCUCUCCUAUCCACUAUCCGCCGUACCCUAGGGCUCAAGCAGACCCUGGCAGGCGAUAUGUCUCAUCAUGUAGUCCACGACACACCCGUAGGACCCCCAGCACCCUCAACACCCUCGACAACUACUAUUACUACCACCGCACCGCCGCAAUCAACAACAGACUCAGGAGACACUACCGCAACUACCACCACCACAUCUACCAACAUCAAUUCAGCCAGUAAUGUUUCUGAAGUUGUCAAUGAAGAGGACCAUAGCCACGCACCUGCUACCAUGACCCCGACGGAACCGACUACUACUACACCUGUUCCAUCCUUUAAUUGCCCACGUCCCGGGUUCUUCAGGGAGGAAGUGGACUGCACUGUGUACUAUGUUUGUGAUAACACACUCAUAGCUUACAAGUUUGUGUGUCCGGAGGGGUUGGUGUUUGACCUGAUGCGUCGACUCUGCAACUGGCCACAGCACGUUGAGUGUGGGACUGGUGCUGCACAUUUCAGUAAGAGCAAGUGUGAGAAGGAUGGGCUGUUUACUGACCCUGAAGACUGUCGAAUGUUUACCUGGUGUAAGCAGGGCGUCGCCUCCAGGUUUUCCUGCCAACAUGGCACAUUCUUCCAUCCAAGGACAGGUGCGUGUACACAGCCUGACCAGAAGUACUGUUUACCUGGGCAGACCAUAUGGGUGGAGAAGGAGCUGCCCACCGACACUCAAGCCCUUUUAAAAAUGGCUGAUCCCAGUGGCUACAAAGUGGUGUGUUAUUUCACCAAUUGGGCAUAUCACAGAGAAAGUCCUUACAAGUUUGCUCCAGAAUACGUCGAUCCUUCCCUCUGUACGCAUCUGGUAUACGCUUACGCCAUGCUCGACCCCUCGGAGUUGGUGAUGCGUGCGUUGGAUCCUUUCUUGGACUUUGACUACAAUUUCUAUGAACGUAUCCUCGCACUGCGCCAGAAAGCCCCGGGCCUAAAGGUAAUGCUGGGUCUGGGAGGCUGGGUGGACUCUGUGAGCAACAAGUACUCUCGUCUGGUGAAUGACCCCAAGGCUGCCACCAAGUUUGUGCAGCAUACUACUGAUGUGUUGAAGAUCUACGGUUUUGACGGUCUGGACUUUGGGUGGAUGUUCCCCAAGUGUUGGCAGAUGGACUGUUCUAAGGGCCCUCAGUCUGAUGUGUCGGGCUUCACCUCCCUGAUAAAGGAGCUCAAGGCAGCCUUCAACACCCAGUCUCCGCCUUUGUUACUGUCGGCCGCCGUGUCUCCCGCCCGCAACACCAUUGACCGCUCCUACGAGGUGCCUGAACUGUCCCGUCAUCUCGAUUUCAUUAACGUUAUGACCUACGACUUCCAUGGUGCUUGGGAGGGGAAGACUGGUCAUGUCGCUCCCCUCCACACCAGACCUGAAGACAAGUACGUGAGUCAGAACACUGAGUACUCCCUCAAGCACUGGGUGGAGAGAGGUGCCGACCCAGGGAAGCUGGUGAUGGGUAUACCCUUCUAUGGGCAGACGUUCACCCUGACCAACCCCUCCCAGAAUGGCCUCAACGCCCCCGUCUCUGGUAGUGGUGAGCGAGGGACCAUCACUCAACAGAGGGGGAUGCUCGCUUACUUUGAGAUCUGCCAGGCUGUCCGCACGCCAGGGUGGUCGAAGGUGGUAGAUGCUACAGGAGCCAUCGGCCCCUAUGCUCACAAGGGCGACCAGUGGUACUCCUAUGACGACCCGGCCACCGCCGAGCGUAAGGCCACCUUCAUCAAGGAAUCCGGCUAUGGUGGGGCCAUGGUGUGGGACCUGAGCUUCGACGAUCUCUAUAAUGAAUGCUGCAGAGAGUCCAUGCCCAACCUCCGCUCCAUCAACAGGGUCCUGAGGAGUGUGCCUUACCCACCCCCAAGACCUGGAGGAAACUGUGCCAAGCCAUCUAUUGGAGUUACCCCGCCCACGCCCAUUAGGACCACUACUUACGCCUCAGAUGUGUUCAGCAAGAAGCCCACUACCUCAGAGUACGGCAAGUUUACUGUGGAGGGAGGUACAACCCAAUCCACCCCAGCUUGGAUGACCCCCUGGCAGCCAGCCACUAAAAAGACCACAACUAUGGCCCCUCCGUAUCCUCCCAGUACUGAGACGCCUCAGUGGCCACCCACCCCACAGAAGCCUCAUUGGCCUCCUACUACUACACAGACACCAACAACAAUAACAACAACAGCAACCACGACUCCUACAACUACCGCCAGGUGGCCCUGGUUGACUACCAUAACUACCACCAGGAGGCCCACUACGACUGCAGGCAUGAGGCCACCACCAGCUGAAGCAGGAGGUCCAAGACCCGGCGACUCGUGUAAAGCCGGCGAAUACUUCCCCAAGAUUGGCAACUGUGACCAAUUCCUGAAGUGCGUCAACAGUGAGCUUGUGGAGAAUCGCUGUGUACCUGGACUACACUGGAACGCGAAGACCAAUAAUUGCGAUUGGCCGAGCAAUGCCAAAUGCAAGAAGCGCCCAAGCAGACCACCACCAGAUGCCAUCCGGCCUAUGUUACCAGUCACCCCAAUACCCUUCGAGCCUACCACCACCAUCACCACCACACCAUCUACAACCACCGCCACCACACCAGCUACAACCACCGCCACCACACCAGCUACAACCGCCACCACCCAGCGGUCCACAGUGACCUGGUGGUGGACUCCUGCACCAACUACUAUUACUACUAAAGGCAGUACAAGACCCUGGUGGCAGCCCAAACCCACCACCACUUGGAGACCCAGAACCACAACACGCAAGUUCGAUUGGUGGAUGUCCUCUCGCUCCACCAACCUCUUGUCAUCCACCACCACACCCCUCCACACUAUAGCUUCUGUCUCCACCCACCGUCCACCAGCCAAGCCCUUUGAACCUACUACCUCAGGAACCUGUACAGAAAGCAAGACCAGGGGCGUCUUUGGGGACUGUAAGAGUUUCCAACAGUGUGUGAACGGAGGAUGGCUCACGCUGCGCUGCGCUGAAGGUCUCCACUGGAACGACCACAUCAAAAUCUGCGACUGGCCUCAACUAGCUAAGUGUUCUAGUUCACUGUCCAUUCGUGACUUGGAAGAUGAUGAUGAUGAUGAGGCAGAUGUAAGAGCUCGUCCACGCUGCUCCAACGAAGGUCAGGCGUUCCAGGGCCCUCAGUGCACCGCUGUAGUGAAGUGUACUAAGGGGUACUUCACAGUGGGGCACUGUACUGGCGGGCUGGUGUGGAACGACCAUCUUGGCUCCUGUGACCUGCCCUCCCGCGUCCCCAAGUGUUCCAACGUUAUCCUCACUCCUAAAUCCGAAGCUAUACGCCCCGCCGAGGUGAUUAGUCCCUCCGUAAGCCAGAGUGCGUCCCCUGUUGAUGUGGAUAUCAGCUGCACGAUGUCUCAGGGAUUAAUGCCAGACCCUUACGACUGUAGCCGCUACCGAAUAUGUGGUGUUGAUAACAAGUGGAUAUCUCAAGCGUGUGCUCCCGGCUUGAAGUUUAACCCGGUAAAAAAGAACUGCGACUGGCCACGCAAUGUGAAGUGUGCGACUCCCCCACAAGCUGAUGCUGGUGUCCAGCCUCCUGGUCCUCCCCCGAUCCCAGCUCCCGGUUCCGUCGUCUCUACCACCACCACCACUGUCACCAGCAGCACCAUGGCCCCUGUGGUGACUCUGCCCUCAGUGGGGUCUAGUGGUGGUCUCUCAGGAGACUACAAGGUGGUGUGCUACUUCACCAACUGGGCGUGGUACAGGCCUAAUAUCGGAAAAUAUACUCCGGAUAACAUCGACCCAACACUGUGUACUCACAUUGUAUAUGGCUUCGCUGUACUCGACUAUAGCAACCUUAUAAUGAAGCCGCAUGACUCGUGGGCUGACAUAGAUAAUAAGUUCUACGAGAAGGUGACAGCUCUCAGGGCCAAAGGCAUCAAGGUGACAAUUGCUAUAGGUGGGUGGAAUGACUCGGCAGGUGACAAGUACAGCCGCUUGGUGAACAACCCCGCCGCUAGGGCCAAGUUCAUUGAACAUGUCAUCAAGUUCAUCAAAAAACACAACUUUGAUGGUCUGGAUUUGGAUUGGGAGUACCCCGUAUGCUGGCAGGUUGACUGCAGUAAGGGACCGCCCUCGGACAAGCAGGCCUUCGGUAUGUGGGUCAAGGAACUCAGCGACGCCUUCAAGCCCCACGGCCUCCUGCUCUCUACCGCCGUGUCCCCAAGCAAGAAAGUCAUUGACGCAGGCUAUGACGUGCCCACACUCAAUCAGUACAUGGACUGGAUCGCCGUCAUGACCUACGACUUCCAUGGUCACUGGGAUAAGAAGACUGGCCACGUCGCCCCUAUGUACUACCACCCCGAAGAUGACUACGACUACUUCAAUAUGGACUUCGCCAUCAGGUAUUGGCUGGAGAAGGGAGCUACCAAGGACAAGUUGGUGCUCGGAAUGCCUCUCUAUGGUCAGUCCUUCUCCAUCAACGAUGCAUCCAACACAGGUCUCAACUCUCCAGCGAGGUCAGGAGGAGAAGCUGGCCCCUUCACGAGGGCUCGUGGGUUCCUGGCCUACUACGAGAUCUGCCACUUCAUACGACAAGGGUGGUCAGUGGUGAAGGACCCAUCUGGUGCAAUGGGACCUUAUGCUUACUCCGGUAACCAGUGGGUUUCCUUCGACGACACAGAAACCAUCAGGAAAAAGUCCAACUACAUCCGAGAAAUGGGAUUGGCCGGUGGGAUGGUCUGGGCUCUCGAUUUGGAUGACUUUGGGAACCGCUGUGGCCAGGGAGCUCAUCCGCUUAUGAAUACUAUUAAGGAUGUCCUAGGUCCGUCCAGAACUGGUAGCGGUCCAGUCACCACUAUCACCACUACCACUAUCACCACAAGCAGCACCACCAAGGCACCACCACAAGCUUCUUCAGGGACUGCAGGGAUACAAUCAGAUCCAUCAGGAAUCCCAGGAACAUCAGGGGGUAGUCCUUCAGUCUCCACCCCAGGGUCAAUGAUCAUCCCUCAAGGUGGAACAUCAGGUCCUGCCACAUCAGGAGGUGGAGGUACAGGUGAUGAAUACAAAGUGGUCUGCUACUUCACUAACUGGGCGUGGUACAGGACUGGUGAAGGCAAAUAUACCCCAGAUGAUAUCGACUCUUCCCUCUGUACCCACAUUGUGUAUGGGUUUGCGGUGCUUGAUGGCAAUAAUCUCCGCAUUAAACCUCACGACACAUGGGCUGAUUACGAUAAUGAGUUCUACAAGAAAGUGGUAGCCCAUAAAGCCAAUGGUGUCAAGGUUCUCAUAGCCAUCGGUGGGUGGAACGACUCGGCAGGAAACAAGUACAGUCGCCUGGUGAACAGCCCCUCUGCCCGAGCCAAGUUUAAUGAGCAAGUAGUUCAGUUCAUCCAGAAACACGGCUUUGAUGGAUUAGAUCUUGACUGGGAAUACCCUGUGUGCUGGCAGGUUAAUUGCAACAAAGGUCCAGACUCAGACAAGCAAGCUUUCGCGGACUGGGUUAAGGAACUCCACAAUCGCCUCCAACCACUCGGUCUACUGCUGUCGGCUGCUGUCUCGCCCAGUAACAAGGUCAUUGACAAGGGCUAUGAUGUGCCAGUCCUGAGUCAAUACCUUGACUGGAUCGCCGUCAUGACCUAUGACUACCAUGGUCAGUGGGAUAAGAUGACUGGCCACGUCGCUCCUAUGUACGCACACUCCCAGGAUAAAAACCUCGCCUUCAACACUAACUUCACCAUCCACUACUGGAUCGAGAAGGGCGCGGAUAGGAAGAAGCUGGUGAUGGGGAUGCCGAUGUACGGACAGUCCUUCACACUCUCCAUGUCCAACAACAAUGGUCUCAACCAGGGGAGUUAUGGUGGAGGUGAAGCCGGUCAAUACACCAGGGCCAGAGGGUUCCUGGCUUACUAUGAGAUCUGCCACAACAUCCUCAAUAAAGGAUGGACGGUGGUGAGGGACAGUGAAGGUUCCAUGGGCCCAUAUGCCUACAAAGGGAACCAGUGGGUGGGCUUCGACGACACUGGUACCAUCAGAUACAAGUCUGAAUACAUCAAGAAUAUGGGUUUGGGAGGAGGAAUGAUCUGGGCACUUGACUUGGAUGACUUCAAGAACCGCUGUGGCUGUGAACAUCACCCACUCCUACGAACCAUCAACAGAGUCCUCAGGAACUACCCCGUGCCAGACCCUAAAUGUGCUAGUUUUGGAGGUUCGGUAUCCAUCUUCAAGGAUCAGAUGACUGGUGACUUGCCUGCACGAGCAGCAUCACCAUCAAUUACGGAAUCCACCCCUCCUGUUUGGACACCAAAACCAACAACUGCAGCAACUACCCAACGUACCACCACAAGAGCCAGUUCUGCAAUAGCUGCACAGAAGGCAGACUACCAGUGUUUAACGGAUGGUAACAUGGCCCACCCAAAUGAUUGCAGAAAAUACAUAACGUGUAACCAUGGCGAGGGAACUGUACACAAAUGCAUGGGAAAUCUCGUAUGGGACAAAGCACAGAACUUCUGCAAUUGGGAAAGUCAACAAAACCAAUGCCCCAAGACAUCUACCGGCCCCGCCCUCGACGACCCCGGAGCAGUUGGCCCACCAUCAUGGCAGCAGCAGCACACCACCAGUACUACUACCACCACCACCACAACGACUACCACCACUACCAGAAGACCCACUUGGGAGACACCUAUCAUUUCUCCUCAGGCUGGAACCACCACAGACGUUAUGCCACAUUCUGAAUACAUGGUAGUGUGUUACUUCACCAAUUGGGCCUGGUACCGUCAAGGAGCUGGUAAAUAUAAGCCUGAGGACAUUGACUCAACUCUCUGUACCCAUAUCGUGUACGGGUUCGCAGUGCUCGACUCCACUGGCUUGGUUAUCAAACCCCAUGACUCCUGGGCAGAUAUUGACAACAAGUUCUACGAGAAGGUGACGGCACUCAAGGCCAAAGGCAUCAAGGUGACGGUCGCGAUAGGUGGGUGGAACGACUCGGCAGGUGACAAGUACAGCCGCUUGGUGAACAACCCCGCUGCUCGUCGCACAUUUAAUGAUCACGUCAUAGAAUUCAUCAAAAAACACAACUUUGAUGGCCUCGACCUGGACUGGGAAUACCCCGUGUGUUGGCAGGUUAACUGUGCAAAAGGUAAUCCGAAAGACAAGGAGGCCUUUGCUGAAUGGGUGAAGGAGCUACACUUCGCUUUUAAGCCUCAUAACCUCCUCCUCUCUGCUGCUGUGUCUCCUAGCUACAAGGUCAUCGAUGCAGGCUAUAAUGUACCCAUUCUGAACCGCUACUUUGACUGGAUUGCCGUCAUGACCUACGACUACCACGGUCACUGGGAUAAGAAGACCGGCCACGUGUCACCUAUGUAUGCCCACCCUGACGAUGAUGAGGUCCUCUUCAACACCAACUCCACCAUCCACUACUGGAUCAAGAAUGGCGCAGACCGCAAGAAGUUGGUCAUGGGGAUGCCCUUAUAUGGCCAAGCCUUCGGUCUGUCAUGGGGUGCUAAGGACCAUGGAUUAAAUGUGAGAGCUGGAAACAAAGGCCAGGCUGGUAAAUAUACCAGAGCUGCUGGCUUCCUUGCCUACUAUGAGAUAUGUUUGAAGAUAAAACAAGAUGGCUACACGGUGGUGCACGAUCCUCUGGGCACCAUGGGGCCAUAUGCCUACAAAGGAAAUCAGUGGGUUGGCUUUGACGACACUGCUAUGAUCAGAUAUAAGUCUGAGUACAUAAAGGAGAUGGGCUUGGGAGGAGGAAUGAUCUGGGCACUGGACUUGGACGACUUCAGGAACACCUGUGGCUGUGAACCUCACCCACUCCUGCGAACCAUAAACAGAGUCCUCAGGAACAACCAGGGUCCUGAGCCCAUCCCUCGAUGCGACAUAACAUAGUCAAAUCCCCGAUGUUGUUCCCAGGGAUCCUGAGGGGAAAUGGGUUUUGAUGAAGGAUAUCCUUUAGAAUAAGGACCGAGUGAGUCUAGCUUAUAGCGAAAUAGUUUGUACCGAAGGAUUUAAUUCACUCAGUAGGGCUUUCAAGGAUAUGAAUAGAUAACUUGAUAUCAUAUAAGGACAGAAAAUCCUUCCACUUAGGAUCCCUCAAGACCACAUUAUAUUUGAUAAGAGGCUGUUGUUGUCCCCCAUUCCUUCCGAUAAGGAGAAUACUAUUAGUUCUUACUUUCCUUGUUCUUAAUACAUCUGUUGAUGAUUAGAACACCUGUACUUGUCUCUCGUAUAUCACCUAAAACCUGGUGCAUCCCGGUGACGUCAGCCAUGUAUGAACUGACAAGUGAUUACUCAAUGUUUUUCACUAGUCUGUCACGAAGUCUAUUUUAAUUUUUUUUAAGAACAUAGUAGUUUACGGUGGCCCAAGUAGAUGGAUUUUUACAAGGAGGAAAAAAGAAACUAUAAUAGACAGAAAAGUAAGAGAGGGAGAGGAGAGAAGACGGAUAUGAAAAAAAAAAGGUGAAGAACAAGUACGGGAGACAAGAAGAAGUAGCAGAAGGGAACGUUAGAUCUGAGUGAUGAUUUAAUGUUAAAGGUGAAAAAAAUAUUGUCAAGCUCUCAAUGGCACCAGUGCCAAACAAGUGUUGUGACCUGCGGAACUGGAGUCAAGUCGUAUACUGUAUUAUCGUUAUUAUACUGUAAUUAUUAUUAUUAUUGUUGUUGUUGUAACUGUGCUGGGCAUGAUUCCAGAACUUGUGGCAUUAUGUAACACUUAUUAUUUAUCAGUAAAACAUCUAAAAAUC